CGCAGGAAGUGACGUCACCCCGCCUGCGUUCCUCUGUCCUCUGUUUGUCGUCGCGUACACUGUUUGCAGUGUUGCUCAGUGUUGUUUCAGUGUCCUCUCCUCACGGACCGGUUCUCGUCGUGACUCUCUCGUCGUCGGACUGAUAAUGGCCGGGACACUGGCGCGUAAGGCCGUGGAUCAUCUCCGCAGUAAAGAGUUCAGAGAGUAUCUCAUGAGGUCACACUUCUGGGGUCCGGUGGCUAACUGGGGUCUGCCCAUCGCCGCCAUCAGUGACAUGAAGAAGAGUCCAGAGAUCAUCAGCGGCAGAAUGACCUUCGCUCUGACCUGCUACUCGCUGCUGUUCAUGCGCUUCGCCUACAAGGUCCAGCCCAGAAACUGGCUCCUGUUCGCCUGUCACUUCACCAAUGAAGCAGCGCAGCUCACUCAGGGCAGCAGACUCAUCAAAUACAACAUGGAGAAGAAGAUGGCCAAAUGAUGAAGUGUGAGGAGAUCACAACGGCUGAUCCGUUUUAACACAAUAAUAAUCAUUCAUAUACACUGAUGAUUGGGCUUACGCCAUUUCCUCUGUUACACAUUUAACAUUUUAAGCCUUACAACACAGCCUUGGUAAGAGUUUGUAUGUAAUGUAAAAAUAGUUGAAUAAUUUAUUUCCAUACAUAGUGCGAUCAGUGUAUGUUACAAAUAAAUAUGGAGAAAAAUA